UUUGACUGUAGGCACAAUUCCCUUGUGCGCGUAGAAGGAGACGACUCUAAGAUGGUGGACCCCAUCUUCACCGACAAGUUCCUCGUCAUCAAGGUCAAGUGGAGCGGCAAGCAGGAGCGCAUUCUGGGUCUCCGCGCCUUCACGUUUGCGACUGUGCAUCCCAAGACGGGCGCGAUCACGAACGAGUGGUCGUACGAGGCCAUCUCGUCCAUCGACCUCUCGCAUGAAGACAAGACGGAGUUUACGAUCAACAUGCUCGGGCUCAAGAAGAAGGUGCAGCUCAAGAUGCGCUUCCGGUUCCGCGCCGAGAUCCUCCAGGCCCUCGCGCGAGCGCGAGCGUCGUUUGCGAUGGAGCGCCGGUCGCGCCACAUGAACGUCCUCGCCAAACUCACGUCGUUCUCAGCGCAUGUCGAAGUCUUUGUCCCAGACGCCGCCAACCCCGGGCGCAUCCAAUGCACCUUGGCCGAGUGCAUGCUCCAAGUUGGCGUCGACGCGCUGUACCAGACGGGCGGCACGGCCGACAUCUUCCCGUACGCCGAGUUUACCAAGAUCCAGUGCAUCGACCUCGCGCUCGACGACCCGACGCUGCUCGGGAUCGUGACCGGCGACAUGGUGCACAUCUUCCACACGCCCGCGCCCAACGACGUCGUCCGCGCGAUUCUCGACGCUGCACUCAGCCACGACGUGAACGUCGCCAUCAACCGCGAAAAGACAGCCUCCGAUAUUCAGGCGCAGCACAUGCAGUUUGCGGGCUUCACCGACGGCGGGAUCCUCUGCCGCUACGACAUUCAGAUCCCGAUCCUGGUCGAGGACGGCCAAUCGGAGCUGUACGGGCGGUCGUUUGUGCUGACGGACGCGGUGGUGUGUGAGAUGGACGACGGCAACAUUGUCGCCUUUGCGCAGCCACUCACCAAGCUCUUCGAGCUCGUUCGGCACGAAGACGACCCGCAGGCGUUCGACCUCGAGUUUGUCAACGGCCUCCGGCGCACGUAUCUCUCGAUCCACCGUGAAGCGAUUCUCGGCCACCUCCUCUCGUGCUGCGAAGCGCGUGGGAACCUCGUGCCACUCGCAAAGACGCGGACGCCGCGUGGCGACCGCAUGUUCCUCCGGCGCAUGCUGCACGCACCGGCGGCCAUGCCGUCCGAAGCCGUCCAGUACCAAUCUAUGUGGCUGCAGCGGCUCGUGGGCGGGGGCGACAGCAAGGCCGACUCGGGCAAAGCCAAGUCGCCGUCGAUCUUCCAGACACUCAAGGUGCACCGCGGUAGCGGCUCCAAGCCCGAGACCGGCAUCCCGGUCGGCGACAUGGUGACCGAGCUCAAUGCCAACGUGACGAUCGCGGGUGUCUCGACCAAGCUCAAAGAAGACAUCGGGGCGGCUGUAUCGCUGUUGCUGGGCGAAUUGCCCAAUCAUGUCAUGCGGACGGCUCAGCGCGACAUGUCGAUCGUGUCGUCGUACCUCCAAGCCCUGUACCGGCUCGUGACGCACCCGAACGCGGCCAAAGUCGCACUCGACAUGCUGGCGCGCUCCGAGUACAUGGACGCCUUGGCCGAGACGCUCAAGCGGCAGCAGUUCCAUCCAACGUACUGGGUCCUCCGGCUUAUGGCGCGCCUGCUGCACAACCCCGAGCGGUUCCUCGCUCAAAUGGCGCGCAAGGUGUUUUUGUCGCACAACGGCUUUGCGACGGCCCUCCUCGCGCUCUUCCAGCCACUGCACCCGUCCCCUCAUGGCGACCCGCAGCAAAACGCGGUGCUCGUGAUGCGCCUCACCGAAGUCCUCGACGCGCUCAUGUCGUUUGUCGUCGACGGCAUGGCGGUCGACCCGCUCUUCAACAUUCUCCUCAGCCACGUCUCGAUGCACUACUUUAUGCUGCUCCGAACGCUGUUUCACUUCCCCGUCACGUCGACGGUCGAGUCGAUCGUCUGCAUCUUGGACCACAUGGUGCACUCGUCCGUGCUCAACUUUACAAAGACGCACGAGGCGACGCUGCGGGACCUGGGCCAGGACCUGGCCGGCGACUUUUACAUGGAGAGCCCUGAGCGCAUCAUCAAGCAAUACUACAGCUUCCUCAUGGCCUCGACCCCCGACCAGGAUCUGCGCCACCGGACGCACCCGGUCGCGCUUCGGCUGCGCUACCGCUUCAAGUCCCAGUUUCUCCAGCGUUUCAUGCAUUUGCUGGACGGCGACUUGGACUUGGCCAUUGACCGGCUCCAGAUCCACGCGGUCAAGUACGAGGGCUCGAAAGCGACGCAGAAGCUCGGCCAAGUCAAGAGCGCGAUCUACGUCGCCCCCAGCGGUCUCAUUGUCUGGACCACCGGCCACCUCAACGGCACGCCUGGAAAGCGCUCCAUGUACGACUACGGACGCAUCCAAGGCGGCAUCGGGCUCAUGGCUGAAGACCCGUGCGGUCUCGUGCUGCGCAUUUCGGGUCGCCACCGCAUUGUCUACUCGUUCGAGCGCACGGAAAUCUUUGACCUCAUGCAAACGCUUGCGGGGCAUCUGGGCAUCCAGCUCGAGAUCACGGGCAUUCUGCGCAACGAGCAGAUUCUGACGUGCCGGCCGUCGGUCGCGUCGUCGCAGACGCAGAUCUUAUUGCAGUUUCCCGUCGUGCGCGUGAGCUCGCACAAGGCGGACGCGACCGGAAAGCGCAAGGUGUUUGGCUUCACCGCCGACGCAGUGUUCGAGUGCGAAGAGACUGGCGACAACCUCCGCAUGUGGCGCUACUCGAGCAUCCACGCGGUGACACGUCUCGAGCGCCACCCGACGCGCUUCCAGCUCAACUUUGUCUCGGGCAAGUCCAUCUGGUUUGACGCGGACGCCCGCGAAGAGAUCAUGACCACCUUGCUCGAUGCGUGCAUGAAUUACAAAGACGAGCGCAGCGUCGGCGACAUGUGCAUCGGCAUGCAGGUCAAGCCGUCCGAGCUUGUGAUGGAGCUCCUUCCGCGCGCGGUCGUCGGCACGGACAAGGAACAUGCGUUCUACUUUGGUCCGCAAGGCAUGGGCGUCUACUAUCUGAGCAAGAUCCGCGACGCCGACACCCAAGGCUUUGUGGACGCGGUCGAAGAGUUCAACGCCAACUGCAGUGUGAGCCGGCACACGCGGCUGCGCUUCGAGAGCGAUGCUGCGUGGAUCCCGCAAGUCUGCAAAGAGAUGUCCAACGUCCUCAUGCUCUCGUGCAAGACGCGCGACCACCGCGCCAUCAUUGCGAUCUUGCAAGCGUUUUGCUGGCUCCAGCACGCCGAGCUCAGUGUCUUGGACAUCCCUGGCAUCAGCCUUCUCGAGACGCUCCUCGCUGUCUUCACGACCGAGAACGAGUCGUCGAUCUUCUGGACCAUCAAGCUCAUCCAUGCGCUCUCGCAGGACGCGAGUGGGUCCCCCGACGGCAAAAGCCGCGAAGCUGCCAACAAGAAGCGCAUUUUCGUCAACACGCGGCUCGUCGACCACCUCUUGCAUGCGUUCGAGGACGAGCUCAACCCGGGGUACGGGCCGCUGACAUUGCUCGCGGUAUCAAGCCUCUUUGACUCGGUGUUUUGCACACACCGCGGCUCGACCAACAAUGCGCACUUUGUGGAGCUCAUCAGCAAGUUUGGCCACAUCUUCCCGCGUGUGCUCGGCAUCCUCUACUCACGUCCGGUCAUUGGCACCUUCGAAGCAUGCGUUAUGAUCAUGAAGAUGGUGGUCGAGAACGCCGACGCUGCGACGCGCCAGGCCAUCUGCGACAUGGCGCUCAACGGCGGGCUCACGCUCCGGCAUCUCUACAAGGGGUGGUACUCCCCGACGCACGACCAGCGCUUUGUGAAUCAGUUUGUCGCGUCCGUCUUCAUGACGGCCCACCGCCCGUCGUUCCAGCUCCUGCACCGCAUCCUUCCCACGGGCUUCCUGCGCAUGCUCGCGUACCCAGAGACCAAGAAACUGAUGCUGGAAGAGUACGGCGACGGCAUGCUGCCGCCCAAGACUGGCGCGCCCGAGGACGACGAUCCGCUGGCGACGUCGACGACGUUCCUCUCGCGCGCGUCCUUCCACAUGGAUCUGCCCGUCGACGACAACGGCGACGAGGAAGAGCUCUGCGACGCCAUCGACAAGUUUAGCGGCCGCCUCCAAGCGCGCGUCCUCAAGUUUCCAAACGCGCUCGAGCUUGAAGUGGCGUCGCGGCACUCGCACAUGCCGCACAACUACAAGUGCGAGACGUCCCGGGAUCUCCACCUGGUAUCGCAUUUGCUGCUCCACGGCUUUGCGCUGCCGGAUGCGAUCUGGAAUGCGACGACGCGCCGCGAACUCAAGUACGCGCUCGAAGAGGCCAUCUUGGAGCACGAGGAAGAGGUGUCGCACCCGCUCAAGCACUUUAGCGCCAUGCCGUUUGCGUGGAACCACGCGUCGUUCAAGGUCGAGUAUGCGAGUUUGCUGAAAGAGAUCAAGGUCGGGCCGUACUUUCUGCGCAUUCUGAUCGACAACGUCCACGACGGGAUCGUGCUCUGCGAGCCUUUGCACCGGAAGCGAGCGCAGUCGUUUGUCGACAUUGAUCUGGACCUCGCGGCGCACGGCAACUACAAGACCGUCGUCGCGCACGCCAUCAACGACAUCUCGGCGGCCCCCAAAGCGUUUUUUGACAAGUGUUUUCAGCGCUGGCUCCAAGAACUGCCGUUUUGCAUCGUGACGCCGUACGGGAGUGCGUCGAUGGUCGGCGUCGACUCGGACAGCCUCGUGGUUCCCUCGACGCAAUUAGACCGCGCCGAGAUCUGGUGCCUCCAGCUCAUGGUCGCCACGUACCGCGCGUUCCCGACCAUGGGGCCCAUCGAGAUGGAGAAGAUCCAGUACGUGGUGCGCAUGCUGCGGGGCGAGACGCGCGCGCACAUCAUCGAGUACCUCCUCGCGUGGCUGAGCACGGUGGCGCUCAACAAGAACACGUGCCAGUUUAUUCUCGCCAAGGACAACGUCGAUCUCUUCCUGGACAUGUCGACGCUCAUCCACGAAAACACGCCGGUCGCCACGAGCGACGUCAAGACCAUGAAGAAGUCGGCUCGGUCGUCGCAGUGGAUCACCAAUACGCCCAAGUCGAUCGAGGGCGAGGGCGGGCCGCCAAAGUCGGGCUUCUCCUACUUCAACUUUUUCAAGCAGUCGGUGCGCGCCGGCAUGGACGAGACGGAGCUCGACGAAGGCGAGACCAACAUUGACGCGGUCGAAGAGACGUUCACGGGCGAAACGUCCAACUGGAGCCGCAUCCUCCUCUCCAUGUACAACGAGCGGGCGCCGGAAGAGCGCGAGUGGCGACCGCUCCUCCGCGUCCCGCGCGUCCGGUGGCGUCUCUUUGUCCAAGCGCCGUUUCACGUCAACGUGUGCAUUUACACCACGACGCUGGUGCGCGCGCUUGUCGAGUGCGAAAUGGACCGGACGUCGUCGGGUCUGCAGUACUUUCCUGUGCCUGCGGGCAAGCGGUUCUUGGGCGACCCGAUCUCGCUCUCCAACGUCGUGCAGUUGCUGCUCUGCAACGAAGGCGCGAUCGUCGAGAGUGCGAUCGCGAUUCUCCAUCGCCUGGUCGCCAUGAACGAUGCGACGGCCUCACACCUCUACCAGUGUGGCGCCAUCUGGUUCAUGUUUGCAAGCGCGAGUCGCGUCUCGUUCAUCGAGCACGCGCUCGUCCUGGCGCAGACGCACCGCCGGCAAAAGGACAUUGCCGGUCGCCACAGCAUCCUCGAGGGACUUUUGCCCGAAGCGCUCAUCCGGAUCCUCGACCUCGAAGGUCCGCAUGUCUUUGCCGACGUCUUUACGAUGCGUAUGACGGACGGGCGCGUCAUUUGGCUUCAAGAAAUGCGCGAGCAUCUGCAGCUCAUGCUCCACGAGCACUUAAGUCCGUUCGUUGCGCGGCUUCACCAAGACAGCACGGCCCAAUUCGAGUACUCGCCGAUGCCGCCAGUGAUCUACCUCCAGCUGCGCGAUGACAUUUACGUCUACAACAUGUACCUCUCGCGCCUCUUCCCGGAAGACCCGGACGACGACGACGUGCAUGACCACGUGUCGCACGCCCGCGCUGUGCGCGCGCAAGACGCCAACGGACAGAGCGAGCCAGCGUACGAUGACGACGAUGGCUAUGACGAGUUUCAUGACGGUGACGGCUAUGACGACGGUGACGGCUACGACGACGGCGACGACUACGACGCCGGUGCUGACGACGGACAUCCGGACGAGCCAGCCGAGGACGCGUCGCCCGAGCCCACGCGCGUCAAUGUGGCAGACGAAGUGACCGACCCGCUUGGCUUUAUGCGCGCGCUGCACCUGACGUGGCGCGAGCAGAUCGCGAUCGCCGAGAGUCGGAUGACCAAGGCGGCGGCGCGUGCACUGCUCAAGAUCGAUGCAUCUGAAGGCACGUUUGAGACCGAGGGUGCCUUCUUGCGUGGCCGGUACCGCGCCAUCUGCCGCGCCGACGAGAACGUGGACCUCGCGCGGCUCAACGAGGCCUUCAUCGUGCUCUCGUGUGUGCCCGAGAGCGACUGCGAGCUCGACAAACUGCCGCACAAGACGCUGUCGCUGCUGUUGCGUACGCAGCUUCUCUUCUACGACACGUUCCAGUCGACGUUCCAGUCGAUCCCGUACGAGUCGUAA